AUGAAAGUGUUUWUUAUUCACGGAUUUCCAUCAAGAAAAAGGAUCAUCUUCCCAAAUUCACUGGAAGAGCAAGAAACAUUUGUUCCGAAAUGUAGCGGCAAUAGAACGUUUUGUGAAGACGUUGAGAAUUACCCAGUAAAUAAAUUUUACGAAAUUUUGAAAAACACAACAUACGAAGAGGCAUAUUUUAUUCCGCAAAGUGUCGCACAGGAAGAAUCGAUCAAAAAUCGGAAGUACAAACCAACUGAGUUUUAUAUCUGCGAUUCCCACAUCCAAAUUCAAUAUCCGAGAGUGGCUUACAACGUCAAAAAUGAAUGGAAAUAUGUUUAUAAUUUUGAUAAGUACAAACAAGGAGUAAAAACAGAGGAAUGUGUGGGUGAAACAGCUUGUAGAUCAUUUGGAGAAACGCCAGCAGUUAGGACGAAAUGUGUUCAAAAGUAUAGCGAUAUUUUACUCUUGGUUGCCGAUGAAGACGGCAAACCUGUGUGGGAUUUAUUCUGGUUUCCUUCCGCCUGUCUUUGCGCAUACGAACCAAUUAUUAAUUUUAACCGAGUUUAGGAGAGUUUGCC